UCCCUAAACAGAAUUGUCUUUACAAGUGAGCCAAUAAGGUGGGACAUCUGCAAAGCUAAUAGAAAAAAGUGAUCUUCCGCUUCCGCAAAGUCCACGGACUGACGGACAGCAAUCUAGAGAGAAGAUGAACGGGACGGUCGAGCCAAUACGUGUGCUGGUGACGGGCGGCAGUGGGCUGGUGGGGCAAGCGAUAGAGCGGGUGGUAAAAGAGGAGGGAAGAGAAGGCGAAGAAUGGACAUUCAUCUCAUCCAAAGAUGCCAAUCUCUUGAGCGCUGAAGAGACGAGGGCAAUCUUUCAGAAAUAUCGUCCGACACAUGUCAUUCAUUUGGCUGCCAUGGUGGGUGGACUCUUCAGGAACAUGAGACAGAACCUGGACUUCUGGAGAAAUAAUGUGUUUAUAAAUGACAACGUGCUUCAGACGGCUAAUGAAUUUGGAGUGGUGAAGGUCGUCUCUUGCCUGUCCACGUGUAUUUUCCCAGAUAAAACCACAUACCCUAUUGAUGAGACCAUGAUCCACAACGGUCCACCACACGACUCUAAUUUUGGUUAUGCCUUCGCCAAACGCAUGAUUGAUGUCCAAAACAGGACAUGUUUUAAGCAGUACGGUCGGCGAUACACAGCCGUUAUUCCUACCAAUGUGUUUGGAGCUCAUGACAACUUCAACAUUGAGGACGGUCACGUGCUGCCAGGACUGAUUCACAAGACAUACCUAGCAAAAAAGGAAGGUAAACCUCUGCAGGUCUGGGGUUCAGGGAAACCUCUGCGUCAGUUCAUCUAUUCUCUGGAUCUGGCUCGUCUCUUUCUGUGGGUUUUAAGGGAAUACGAUGAAGUGGAUCCAAUCAUUCUCUCAGUCGGCGAGGAAGACGAGUUGUCCAUAAAGGACUGUGCAGAUGCCGUGGUAGACGCUUUGGGAUUCAAAGGUGAUGUGAUCUACGACACCAGUAAAGCUGACGGCCAGUUCAAGAAAACCGCCAGUAACGCCAAACUGCGCCAAUACCUGCCAGACUUCCAGUUCACUCCGUUCAGAGAAGCCAUCAAGGAGACGUGCGACUGGUUUGUGGCCAAUUAUGACAUCGCCCGUAAAUGACGAUGUUGUGUGCUGGAAACUAUAAACUAACAGCCCUAUUUUUACUAAAGCUAUAGAGUAAUCACGUCUUAACCUUCUUUACAGGUUUGGUUCAGUUUGUCUUAUAAAUACACAUUUUUGGGGGGAGAAGCAACCUACUACAAAUGAUUAUAAUAAAUAAAAAUAACCUGUUAAAAUUUCAGUUUAUCGAUCACAUAUGAUCUUAAUGGAUUGUAAAAUUUCUAAUGGACAUUCAGAAUUUUUCUAUGU